CUCGGUGAACGGGAAGCUCCUGUCCUCCGUCCCGCUGGACCGGGAGGUGACAGCCAUGUGCCUGACCGAGGACUUCGUGGUGCUGGGGACCUCGGAGUGUGGGCUGGAGAUCCGUGAGCUCCAGAGCCUCAGGGCGGCCGUGCCCCCCGUGCCCAUGCGGGUGCCCGUGCACAGCGUGUCUGUCACCAAGGAGAAGAGCCACAUCCUGGUGGGGCUGGAGGAUGGAAAACUCAUCGUGGUGGGUGCCGGGCAGCCCACGGAGGUGCGGCCGGGCCAGUUCCACCGGCGGCUGUGGCGUUCCACGCGGCGCAUCUCCCAGGUGUCGGCCGGAGAGACGGAAUACAACCCCUCCGAGGGCAGGGCCUAGGCUGGCACCCACCACCACCCACCCAGCCCCGGGGGCCCCGUGCCCCCCACACGGACUGGGGACCCCCGGGCGCCGAGGGGGGCCUGGAGAGCCCCGCCCCGCCCGACAUCCGUGGCCUUAUCCAGCCCCGCUGGGGUGUCCAGCCCCCCCUGGAUUUUCGGGAGAUGCCUCACAGCGGGAUGGGGGACAGGAGGAGGUGGGGACCCCUCGCUGGGAAAGGGGGUGGCACAGCCCCCCCGCCGUGCCCGCUGGCCAGGAGCCGGCAGCGUGUGGGUGUCCCCCCCCUUAUUUUUUAUUUCUAUCCAUUUUUAGAGCUUUUACAGAAAAAGGAUUGUUAAUAAUAAUUAAUAAUAAUAAUA